GUGUCUGUGCACAAAGAGCGUGACUUUUCUUUGAUAUAAUUUACCGCAUCAUGGCUCUUGAUUAUAUUUAUUUAACUAUGUUUUAAAUUUGAUAACGAGUGCCGGGUCCAGCGCUUCACCGGUACAACUUUCAUUUUCAGUCGAUUUUGUGACUUCACAGAAGCAACAACAUUCCAGUUCGUGGCAGAGAGUGAACUGCCAAAAUUUCAAUUGGAUCAUUAUAGUUGAAUCAAUUCAAUUCGUAAGGAAUUGUGUCCACUAUGGAGCGCGUAAUAACCGAACUCAGUGCCGGUAAAGUUCAAGGUUGCAAGUCUGCGCUACCGGAUGGGAGCAACUACUGCUUCUACAAGGGUAUUCCGUAUGCCAAACCUCCGGUAGGAGAACUCCGUUUUCGACCGCCUGUGUCUUUGGACAGAUUCGAAGAAGAGGUGCUGGAUUGCAGCUAUGAACGGAAUUCCUGUUACACGUAUCUGCAUUUUCCGCCAACGGUGUCCGUUAGCGAAGAUUGUUUGUAUGCUAACGUUUACACCCCGAUCGAUCCGACCGAGGUCGGGCGAAAAUCUCCACUUCCUGUUAUGGUUUGGAUUCAUGGUGGAGGUUUUGUCGCCGGAAGUGGUGAUGCAGCUGUCUACGGUCCUCGAUACAUAGUGCAGGAAGGCGUCAUUGUAGUGACCUUCAACUAUCGACUCGGUUCCCUGGGAUUCCUUUAUCUGCCUGAGAAAGAUAUUUACGGUAACAUGGGCUUAAAGGAUCAACGAUUGCUGCUGAAAUGGGUGCAUGAGAAUAUCGCAAAAUUUGGAGGAGAUCCAGAUAAUGUGACGAUUUUCGGAGAAAGUGCAGGUGGAUCUUCGUGUCAUUUGCAGUAUCUAUGCGAAACUUCCCGAAAGUAUUUCCACAAAGCAAUAUGUCAAUCUGGUGUAGCAUUGACCGUUUGGACUGAGCAGCUGAAUGCAGUUACCAAAGCUCACAACUUGGCCAAGUUGUUGGGUUGCGAUGGAGAAAACAGCGAUCAAGUUUACGAAACUCUCAUGAGAGCAUCACCUGACGAUCUCAUAGCUCGCAGUGAAGAGUGCGUUACGGAUCAAGAUCGUGCGGUUUUCCGAAUUUUUGCAUUUACCCCAGUGGUAGAGCCAUUGGAGUCGGAUGAUCCGUUUAUAACAAAGAUGUACCUUGACCUUUUGAGCGAUCCAAAUAUGACAAACAUUCCACUGAUCCUGGGGCUAACCAGCAAUGAGGCUAUUUGCUUUAUCGAAAACCUUUCAGUGGAUCUGUUCGCAAAUGAUAUAAAAAUGUUCGCACCUCCUCAAUUGGCUGUACCAGAAGAUAUAUUAUCCGAAAUUGGAGAGGAAGUCAAACGGUUUUACUUUGGGGAUCGCGCCGUUUCGAAUGAUAAUUUGCCGCUACUUUUGGACUUUGUAUCCGAUUGCAUGUUUGUUGUUCCGGUUUGCGUUGCAAGCGAACUGCAUUCACGAUAUCAGCAUAGUGCCGAGCAGUACUUCUACCACUUUUCUUUCGACGGCAAAAGCAAUUUCAUAAAGAAAAUGUACCAAGGAAAUCAUCAACUGGAUGGGGCGGCUCAUGCGGACGAAUUGACGUACAUGUUUGAGGGCAGCUUUUUCACUACCGAGGAAAUGGAAAUCGACAGCCAAGAAUACAAGUUACGCAAAGCCAUGUGCCACAUGUGGACCAAUUUUGCAAAAUAUGGAAAUCCAACGCCAAAGGACAACCAAUUGGGUAUCUCCUGGAAGCCAGUGGAGAAAAUCGAUCCUGAUCAGGAGAUGUUUAAUCUCAGAGCAUUGGACUUGAACGAACAGCUCAAAAUGGUGGAGCACCCAUUCCAAAAGCGAAUUGAUUUUUGGAAGCAAUUAUUCAACAAAUACAGCGGAGACUAUUUGCAACAUAUUGCUUCAUUCAAGUUCAAACAGAUUCCUCCCAACGAAGUCCGUGAUGAAUGGGUUCGAUACAAACGACAUUUCGAGUACCUGGCUCUAGCCAACGCGAUCACGAAUAAGACGCGAUUGAAGCAUAUAUUCCUGGCCAAAGCCGGACCAGAUGUCCAGGAGGUUUUUAGCAGCAUUCCAGGGGCAGAUCAUGAAGCUUACCAGCGUUUCUUGUUCUGGUCGCUGAAGCCCCAGGAUAAGGACGAGUCACUCGAUAAAUUUCUGCUUCGAUCAAUGGAACUAGCGAACAAGUGCAAUUUCGGAAAUACGAGACAAGAGAGCGCGGAGAUAAGUGUCAUUGACAAACUGAUUCAAUUGUCCCCUCCGGAUCUACGCGAAAAACUGUUGCAUAAGGAUCAUCUAACUCUGGAUGAGGUUACUAAGAUUGUCAACACACAUGAGUCCAUCAAGUUUCAAGCAGGACGAAUGUUUGGUGCGAAUGCUUCUCACGAAUCCGUUCCAAGCGAAAUCAACAAGAUUCACAGCGUGCAAAGAGAUUCUGGGUAUGAAUGUUCUCGUUGUGGCCGCCGCGGACACAGUGGCAUGGAUCGUAUUUGUCCGGCGAGAAACAAGCCGUGUGACUUAUGCCGGAAAAUUGGUCAUUUUGCUAGAUGCUGUCGUACUACCCGUCCCGCACAGAAGCGCAAAUUCGAAAACAGACUCGAUGAUGGUGAAACCAGCCGGAAACGAUUGAAGUAUGAAGCGGUUAGGCACGUGGAUAACCUGGAAGAAGGUAAUGGGGAGGAUAGCGUUCCAUGCUUCGUGUUUAACGUUGGAGAUGGAGACGCAUUCUUGUGGGUAUCCGUAGGUGGAGUACUCAUUCAAAUGUUGAUUGACUCAGGCUGUCAGAAAAACAUAAUCGAUGACGUGACUUGGGCGAAUAUGCAAGAACAAGGUGUGAAGGUGGAAAAUCGACGAUCGAAUUCUGAUCAAAACUUAAGAGCAUAUGGGAAGGCAUUCGUCCCGUUGGUCGUAAAGCAGGUGUUUGAAGCGGUGAUCAGAGUCGAGAAUAACGAGAAACGCAUCGAGAAAGUAGCAACGUUUUAUGUGAUAGAGGCAGGAUCGCAACCACUGCUAGGCAGAAUCACAGCUAAGGAUUUGGGAGUGCUGGUUCUGGGUUUGCCUAGUACGGAUGCUCCGGAAGUCUUCCGCUUGGCGUUAGAACAGAAGCGACCAUUCCCCAAAUUGAAAGGUGUUUUGUUGACCAUUCCGAUCGACCGUACUGUUACACCAGUGUGCCAACAUGCUAGACGGCCUCCAUUGGCACUUCUAGACAAAAUUGAGCAGGAACUCGAGUCUUUGCAGGCGUCAGAUAUCAUUGAACCGGUCAACGAAUACAGUCAAUGGGUUUCACCACUGGUGACUAUUGUGAAGGAUAAUGGUGACUUCCGGUUGUGUGUAGAUAUGCGGCGGGCUAACCUGGCAAUCAAACGCGAGGGUCAUUUAAUGCCAACAUUCGACGAUUUCUUGCCGUUGCUCAGAAAUGCCAAGGUGUUCAGCCGGUUGGACAUCAAAGACGCGUUCCAUCAACUUGAGUUACACGAAUCGUGCCGUGACAUCACAACGUUUAUCACACACAAGGGGAUGUAUCGUUACAAACGGCUAAUGUUUGGUAUAUCGUGCGCGCCGGAAAUGUUCCAAAAAGUUUUGGAACAGGUUUUGGCAGAUUGCGAAAACGUUGUGAGUUUUAUCGACGACAUCCUAAUCUUCGGGGAGACUGAAGAAGAGCAUGACCGAGCUUUGGAGAAGGUCAUGAACGCUCUUAAAUCGAGAAAUAUUCUGCUGAAUCACGAUAAAUGUGUCUAUAAGGUAAAAGAGGUUGAUUUUCUGGGUCACCACGUGUCGGAAAAUGGCAUCAAACCGACAGAAGAUAAAAUGGCCGUUUUGAAGUCAUUCCGUGCUCCGCAUACUGCAGAAGAAUUAAGGAGUUUCUUAGGAUGGUUGCUCCGUCUACAAGCCUACACAUUUGUAGUUCGUUAUCGCAAGGGUUCUGAAAAUGUUGCAGACAGUCUUUCGCGGCUACCAGAGUUCGGAGAAGAUCACGAGUUUGAUGGUGACAACCAGUUCCUGGUGUUACCCAUUAUGGAAUCUGCGGCGAUCGAUAUCAGUGAAUUGGAAAAGGCUUCUAAAGACGAUUUGGAACUCUUGGCUGUCCAGGAUUAUGUACGUUUUGGAAAAUGGUCUGCCGAGGUUAAACCGUUCGAACCAUUCCAUUCGGAAUUAGGGUUGACUGGCGAUAUUCUGGUUCGUGGAACCAAACUCGUGGUUCCCAGAGCAUUGAGAAACAGAAUGCUGAUUUUGGCACAUGAAGGUCACCCAGGAGAAACUGUCAUGAAACGAAGAUUAAGAGAUCGUGUCUGGUGGCCCGGGAUGGACCGUGAGAUUUCGAAGUACGUAACGGCGUGUGAAGGCUGCAGAUUGGUCGGUUUACCGAAUCGUCCAGAACCAAUGCAAAGAAGAGAGCUACCAACAAAGCCGUGGGUAGACGUAGCUCUUGAUUUUAUGGGACCACUUCCCACCGGAGAAAACCUCAUGGUUAUUGUCGACUAUUUUAGCCGCUACAAGGAAGUCGAAAUUUUGAAGCAGAUAACGGCUGAAGAGACGACAACCAGGCUACAUAAGAUUUUCACACGUUUGGGAUUUCCUGCCACAAUCACUUUGGACAAUGCACGGCAAUUCGUUAGUGCAAAAUUCGAGACCUACUGCAAGGACCAUGGUAUUCGUCAGAAUUAUUCCACCCCAUACUGGCCUCAAGAAAAUGGCUUAGUUGAGCGCCAGAAUCGAUCCCUACUCAAAAGACUUCAGAUAAGCCAUGCGCUAGGUCGGGACUGGAAAAAUGACUUGAUGGAUUACCUUAUGAUGUAUUAUUCUACACCACACUCCAUCACAGGAAAGACUCCUACUGAAAUGAUAAAUAAAGUAAUAAAAACGGUCAGAGAAAGAACAAUCAACCAUGCUCGUUUAGUUGCAUUCGAAGUCUCGCUUGGGAUGGAUAUGGAAGACGGUAAAUUAGAUUGUGGUUCCCCAGAUGCGUCAGGGCACAGGCAGAGUGUGUCAAGUAAUGGUGAUGCUACCCACGGCGGCGAUGGACAGUGUGACACGAGAGUAAUAGUCCAAAUUAAAUCUGGGAUGUUGAGCGGGGUAAUUGAACGGCUGCCGGACGGAGCGAAUAUGUAUGUCUUCAAAGGGGUCCCCUAUGCACAGGCACCCGUUGGUGAGCUGAGAUUUAAGCCUCCCCAACCGCUUGGGCAACUACCAAACGAGAUACAGGAUUGCACCCAAGAUGGGCCAGGCUGCUACACAGUCGACAACAUGUCCGAUAACAUGUCCGAGAGCUGCCUAUAUCUGAAUGUGUAUUCACCAUCCUUGCAACGUCACCAAAAUGAAACCGCCAAAAAGUUGCCCGUCAUGGUAUGGAUUCAUGGCGGGGGUUUCGUUAGCGGAAGUGCCCAAUCAACCAUGUACAAUCCCAAACACCUGGUCCAGGAAGGGGUCAUCGUAGUCACCGUGAACUAUCGGCUUGGGCCACUCGGCUUUCUGUGCCUUCCUUCCGCCGGAAUUUAUGGCAACAUGGGUCUGAAAGACCAGAGGAUGGCAUUUCGCUGGGUGAGUGAAAAUAUAGCGACCUUUGGCGGUGAUCCCAAGAAUGUUACUAUAUUCGGACAAAGUGCUGGAGGAGCAUCCGUGCAUUUGCAUUACCUUUCGGAGAAGUCUAGAAAAUAUUUUCACAAAGUGAUUGCCCAAAGCGGGACUGCUUUCAAUCAGUGGGUGUUCCAGAAAAAUCCAGAAGAUCGUUCACGCAAGCUGGCGUACUUGCUAGGAUGUCCGUCCAAUGCUGACGAUGCACUGAUCUAUGACACUUUGAUGAAUGCAUCACCUAAGAAGUUAACAGAACUUCAAUACGCAGUGAUGUCCGACCGCGAAAGGAAUGUAUUGGUUAAUUUUCCCUUUACUCCCGUAGUAGAGAAGCCUGGGUCAGAAGAUCCAAUUGUAAUGGAUGAUCCUUUGAUGUUGAUAAGACAACAAUUUGCGAAACAAAUUCCUUUAAUAAUGGGCAUCACAAAUGAGGAAGGAGCUGGUUUGGCUGGUCAUGUCAUUGCAAAUAUGGAAAAAUACCAAUCAAGCAUGAUAGAUCAAUUGAUCCCAUUUGCAUUGAACAUAGGAAGUGAUCAGAAUAAGCGAGAUAUUUAUGAGGAAAUAAAAAAAAUUUUCUUCAAGGACAACGACUUAUCUCUGGAAACCGUUCCUAUUAUGGUGCAAAUCUUAGGUGAUAAUGCUAAUAAGUAUGCGGGAUAUAAUUCUGCUGUACUGCAUUCUCGUUUUCAAAAAUCACCGUUAUAUUUCUACAUUUUUUCACACAUAUCAGACUUGAAUAAAAUGCGUCAGCUGGCGGAAACUCCGGAGAAUUGUCCUGGGGCUGUCCAUGGUGACGACCUCUGUUAUCUUUUUGAGUCAUCGUUCUUUAACACACAAUCGGUAGAAUCAAAAGCAAUUUCACACCGCCGAAUGAUGUGCCAGAUGUGGACAAACUUUGCCAUGAGCGGUAACCCAUCACCAGAGGAAAUCGAAUGGCCACAAAUAUCUGUGCAAGAUGACGAUACCAGCUUUGUGUUAUCAGCAAUAGAGAUCUCCGAAAAUCUAUCAAUAAUAAAUAAUCCAUUUGCUGAUCGAUUUGAUUUUUGGAAACAUAUUUUUACAAAAUAUGGUAAAUAAAAAGCAACAACUUAACAAGCACCA